CUGGACGAGGGUUCUGCCCAAAAAGCAUAAUUUGUCACUCCGACAGCCCCCCUGAUCAACCCCAAAGGACCGCACAUUAGGAUUAUCGUGUCCCGACAGCCCCAUUCGUAUGAAUAAAUCCUCCGUUCGCAAUAAAUCGAUGAAAACAAGCGUCUUACUGAGUCUGAGCGGAAGUGUUGUGUUUAUGUGGGUGUUUUGACGUUUCAUUCAACCCGACAAAACGAAUUUUUUCGUAAAAACCUGCCUCGAGCAUCGAUGAUGUAACAAAUACUGUUUCUAGAGAGGUGUAAAAAAUGAGCAGUUUGACCAUUCUGGACGACGCCGCUCUCUACGACAAUGCCCUCACGCUCGAGAUCGGGCCGAUGGAGACGGUCCACCGCUGGAAACGUAUGCCCGAAUGCGACGAGUUUGUGGGGGCGCGUCGUAGCAAGCACACAAUGGUGGCCUACAAAGGGGCGAUUUACGUCUUCGGGGGCGACAACGGCAAAAGCAUGCUCAAUGAUUUGCUACGAUUUGACGUGAAGGAGAAGUCAUGGGGGCGCGCGUUUACCAACGGGUGCCCCCCAGCCCCCCGAUACCACCACUCGGCCGUAGUCUACCGAAAUUCAAUGUUCGUGUUCGGGGGCUACACCGGGGACAUCCACUCCAAUUCAAAUCUCACAAACAAGAAUGAUUUGUUCGAGUAUAAGUUUCAUUCAGGGCAAUGGGUCGAGUGGCGGUUUUUGGGGGUCAUGCCGGAGCCCCGGUCGGCGCAUGGGGCUGCGGUUUAUGACAACAAGUUGUGGAUUUUCGCGGGGUAUGACGGGAAUGCCCGCUUGAACGACAUGUGGACCAUUUCACUUAAUGGGGAUAGUCGCUGUUGGGUCAAGGUGAUGCAAGUAGGGGAGUGCCCCCCGACUUGCUGUAAUUUCCCGGUGACGGUUGCGCGGGAGCGUAUGUUUGUUUUCAGUGGGCAAAGUGGGGCCCAAAUCACAAACUCGCUCUUCCAGUUCAAUUUCAACACUCAUACCUGGACUCGGAUUACCACCGACCAUAUUUUGAGGGGGGCCCCGCCGCCCCCUGCCCGGCGCUACGGCCACACGAUGGUGGCUUUCGACCGGCAUUUGUAUGUCUUUGGGGGUGCUGCCGAUAGCACUCUUUCAAAUGAUCUCCACUGUUUCGAUUUGGACUCUCAGACGUGGUCCACGAUUUUACCAGCGGCUGAGUCCUUUGUUCCUUCGGGGAGACUUUUUCACGCUGCGGCCGUUGUGGACGACGCUAUGUUUGUCUUUGGAGGCACCAUUGAUAAUAAUGUGCGCAGUGGCGAAAUGUACCGAUUCCAAUUCUCUUGUUACCCCAAAUGUACUUUACACGAAGACUUCGGGAAGUUGUUGUCAACGAAUGAGUUUUACGACGUCCAGUUUUUAGUGGGGCCUGACUCGAAGAAGAUUUUUGGCCACAUGGCGAUAGUGGCCGCAAGGUCGGCGCAUUUAAGACAGAUUUUGAAAAAAAAUAAAGCGAAACGUGAUAGUCACUUGGAGAAAUUAUUCGGAACGGUUAAUGUUCCCUUUAAGGAGGUUCCUUUGGUCGAAAUUGAGUUUCCAGAUGCGAAUCCGGAAGCGUUUGAACUAGUCUUGGAUUACAUUUACAUGGAUUGUAUAGACCCCACGAAAAAAGGGGGCGCAGCAACCGAGACAGUUUUACGAAUGAUGGACGUUUAUCGAUUGGCGGUUGAGUUCGGAAUGGUCCGUCUGGACAAUUUGUGCGUCCAGUAUUUAAACUCUUCUAUUAACAUGGCCAAUGUUUUGGAAGCCCUUGAGACUGCGCAUAAUUUAAAACUGAACGUUAUCAAAGACCACUGUUUGCGUUUCAUCGUCAAAGAAUCAAACUACAACGAUAUUGUGAUGUCCACAAAAUUCGAAUCUUUGAGUAGUAAACUCAUCAUCGAGAUAAUAAGAUUGAAACAAACGGCGAGUAAUAGUAAAAGUGUGAGUGAGAGUCAGGGAGAGUUAGCGGGGACCACUUUGGAACAAGACAUGGCCAUGUUUUUGAAGACACACGGGGCCUCAUUUUACGACGUAGAUUUGGUCUUAGAUGGGAACGUCAUUCCGGCACAUAAACCCAUUUUGGCCGCCAGAAGUGGCUAUUUUGAGGCGCUUUUCAGGUCUUUUAUGCCGACAGAUUGUAAAGUCAAGAUUCAAAUCGGCGAAAUGAUUCCGUCGCUCCAAUCAUUCCACUCCCUCCUCCGGUUCGUUUACUGCGGGGACGUGAACAUGCCCCCCGAAGACUCGCUGUACCUCUUCUCAGCCCCCUUAUUCUACAGUUUUACCAACAACAGGCUCCAGGCGUUUUGCAAACAGAAUUUAGAAAUGAACGUCUCGUUUGAGAAUGUGAUACAGAUAUUGGAAGCCGCCGACGGUAUGCAAGCCACCGACAUGAAAAAAUACGCUCUUGAUUUGAUCGUCCACCACUUUACUAAAGUGGCGAAAUUGCCGCGAUUACGAAUGUUGAGUAAAGAAUUAAUUUUGGAUAUUUUGAUGGCUCUUGCGAAUGAUUUGAGCGAGUCAAAAUGCCAGGACGUGUCAUCCUCGGCGAGCUUCACCGAUGGUUGUACUUAAUGUGAUUUUUUUGAGCACCAAAUUAAAAAACAAAUGUACUCAAUUUAUUUAAUUAAAAAUUUCUUUCACCUAA